UUACGAUAUAUGGGUUGGCGUAAGGUGUAUUUGUUUCAAUGUGAGUGGUGGGAUGUUGGUGAUAAGCGAAGAGGGAUUCGCGUUGGGGACCAUCUAACCAGCCUGAACACGUCUAGAACAUGGUAUAAAGAUGAGCCUUUUGCUCUUGCUUGCCAAGCUCAACAAGUGUUUUAUGUAAAAGACGUGAGUGUGGCGGGUAGUUGGUAUGUGGUUCAUAAGAUAACGAAUAGAAAUGUAUACAACAUCCCUUUAGUUUCAACAGCUGAGGAGGCGGAUGAUAGUGCCGAUUCUGGUGAGGAUGACGCUUUACAGGAGGAUGAAAACAUUGCCACAAACGUGCCGUAUGCCCAAUGCAGUGACCCAGACUUGAUGACUCCGUUGAACAGGGUAGAUGAAGAACCAUUGCUGCUUGACCCUUCGAUCAUGCUAGAACAGCAACCAUCUGAACUACCUGACCACGAGGAAUACGUCGAGGAUGCUGUCGUUGAUGAUGAGCUGGGAGUUGACGAUGCCUCCACUAAUAGCGAGGACAGCGAAGAAGACAGUAUUGCAGUUGCCGAUGAUAGUACAUCAGAUUCAGAUGAUGGUUCCACAUGUGGAGGUAAAGGACCAGAGUUGGGGUAAUGGGGUGAUGAUGACAAACUUGGU